GCCAAGGUCUAGAUCUACCAGUUCUCUGAGGACAACUGAUGGUCUCUGCUUUGAUGUGGACAAUGGCACGUCGUCGGGACGUAGUCCCCUGGAUCCCAUGACAAGCCCAGGGUCGGGGCUGAUUCUUCAGGCCAACUUUGUCCAUAGUCAAAGAAGGGAAUCCUUCCUGUACAGGUCAGACAGCGAUUAUGACCUCUCUCCAAAGUCCAUGUCCAGAAACUCCUCCAUUGCUAGUGACAUACAUGGAGAUGACUUGAUUGUAACGCCAUUUGCUCAGGUACUGGCCAGUCUUCGGACUGUAAGGAAUAAUUUUGCUGCACUAACUAACUUGCAAGACCGCGCACCCAGCAAAAGGUCAACAAUGUGUAACCAAUCAUCAAUCAGCAAAGCAAAUAUACCAGAGGAGGCCUAUCAAAAGCUGGCCAGCGAGACCCUGGAGGAGCUGGACUGGUGCUUGGACCAGCUGGAGACCUUACAGACCAGGCACUCUGUCAGUGAGAUGGCCUCCAAUAAGUUCAAAAGAAUGCUCAACCGAGAGCUGACCCACUUAUCAGAAAUGAGCCGAUCUGGCAAUCAGGUCUCGGAAUACAUCUCCAACACCUUUUUAGAUAAGCAACAUGAAGUGGAGAUGCCAACGCAGGCCCAGAAGGAAAAAGACAAGAAGAAGAGACCCAUGUCUCAGAUCAGUGGGGUAAAAAAACUAAUGCACAGUUCCAGUUUGACAAAUUCAAGUAUCCCAAGGUUUGGAGUGAAAAGUGAAGAGGAGGAAGCUUUAGCCAAGGAACUUGAAGAUGUAAACAGAUGGGGCCUUAAUGUUUUUAAAUUAGCCGAGUUUUCUGGAAACAGACCUCUCACAGUCGUCAUGCACACUAUAUUUCAGGAACGAGAUUUGUUGAAGACCUUUAAAAUUCCAGUAGACACUUUAGUUACAUAUUUAAUGACGCUAGAAGAUCACUAUCAUGCAGAUGUGGCUUAUCAUAAUAACAUACAUGCCGCUGAUGUUGCACAGUCUACCCAUGUGUUGCUAUCGACCCCAGCUUUGGAGGCAGUCUUCACCGAUUUGGAAAUUCUUGCUGCAAUUUUUGCUAGUGCAAUACACGAUGUUGAUCAUCCGGGCGUUUCAAACCAGUUCCUUAUCAACACAAAUUCAGAAUUGGCCUUGAUGUACAAUGACUCAUCUGUGCUGGAAAACCAUCAUCUAGCCGUAGGAUUUAAGUUGUUGCAAGAGGAGAACUGUGACAUUUUCCAGAACUUGACCAAAAAGCAAAGACAAUCACUAAGGAAAAUGGUUAUUGACAUUGUGCUGGCAACGGACAUGUCAAAGCAUAUGAAUUUGUUGGCUGAUCUGAAAACUAUGGUUGAAACAAAGAAAGUAACCAGCUCGGGAGUUCUUCUUCUUGAUAACUAUUCAGACAGGAUACAGGUUCUUCAGAAUAUGGUGCAUUGUGCAGAUCUUAGCAAUCCAACGAAACCUCUGCAGCUGUACCGGCACUGGACAGACAGAAUAAUGGAGGAAUUCUUCAGACAAGGAGACCGGGAAAGAGAUAGAGGGAUGGAAAUUAGUCCUAUGUGUGAUAAGCACAAUGCAUCUGUUGAAAAAUCACAGGUGGGAUUCAUAGACUACAUUGUUCAUCCUUUGUGGGAGACCUGGGCAGACCUUGUCCACCCAGAUGCCCAGGAUAUCCUGGAUACAUUGGAAGACAAUCGAGAGUGGUACCAGAGCACAAUUCCUCAAAGUCCAACACCUGCCCCCGAUGAGCAGGAAGAAGGUAGACAAGGCCAAACUGAAAAAUUCCAGUUUGAACUAACCCUGGAAGAAGAUGGAGAAUCUGAUACAGAAAAGGACAAUGUGAGUCCAGUGGAAGAAGACACCCUCUGUAGUGACCCAAAAACUCUUUGUGCACAGGAUUCGGAAGCUGCUGAAAUUCCUCUUGAUGACCAAGUGGAAGGAGAAGAAAGUCAGACUGAAUCUAGCCCACUAGAAGGAGAGCAUUCUCCUGACACGUAACAGUGUGAAAGCUCUCGUCCCAGCCUAAUUGUUUUAUUUUGUUUUGUUGGUUUGUUUUUUAGCAAAAUGGUUUCCAAAGUGCAUGAAACAUGCCACAACCAUGCUCACACCUCACAUUCAUCUGCCAGGAUGUUUGUUGAUCAAAACUGACAUAUUUACUCCGUUUUGGCACUCAGGAAUAUUACCAGAAAUCCAUUUCCACAGCUUUUAGGAAAAGCAAAUCUGGAAAACCCUUGGUCAAACCACCGAGCCACACAAGGCUCCGGAGAGUUUCCUGUGGAGUGCAAGUAUCGAGAAACUGAAAUAUGCAGUUUUGCUUGCUUUAGCUUCGCAAGAUGGUUGUCAACACCAGGAGUGAUCAGUACAGGAGUGCAAUAUCUUUGUAGUGGAACGUGGAGGAUUUUAAUGAUGGGACACAUCAUGGGAUGGUGUAGCAUCAGGAUGAGCUGUGGAAAUUUCAUCAUUUUCUAAUUUUAAGUCUUCCUGAUACAAUGACUAAAAAAAACAUGAGCACGCAGCUUUUGCAAGCUGCAAAAUACUCCACAUUUUGUAUCAUAUGUGAAACAGAAUUUUUUUU